AAGGUAUGGCGGAAGCUGUCAGCUCGAGCAGGGACUGCCUUCAAGCAGGCGAGUCCUGCACCAACGACCCCAUCUGCAGUGCCAAAUUCAGGACCCUCCGGCAAUGCAUCGCAGGCAAUGGAGCCAACAAGCUGGGCCCUGAUGCCAAGAACCAGUGCCGGAGCACUGUGACGGCCCUGCUGUCCAGCCAGCUGUAUGGAUGCAAGUGCAAGCGAGGCAUGAAAAAGGAGAAGCACUGCUUGAGUGUCUACUGGAGCAUCCACCACACAUUGAUGGAAGGCAUGAAUGUACUGGAGAGUUCCCCUUAUGAGCCUUUCAUCAGAGGCUUUGAUUACGUCCGGCUGGCAUCCAUCACUGCAGGGUCUGAAAACGAGGUGACCCAGGUGAACCGGUGCCUGGAUGCCGCCAAAGCCUGCAACGUGGAUGAGAUGUGCCAGCGGCUGCGGACAGAGUAUGUCUCCUUCUGCAUCCGGCGCCUGGCCCGGGCCGACACCUGCAACCGCUCCAAGUGCCACAAGGCUCUGCGCAAGUUCUUUGACCGCGUGCCGCCCGAGUACACCCACGAGCUGCUCUUCUGCCCUUGUGAUGACACAGCCUGUGCUGAACGCAGGCGGCAGACCAUUGUGCCUGCCUGCUCCUAUGAGUCCAAGGAGAAGCCCAACUGCCUGGCACCGCUGGACUCCUGCCGGGAAAACUACGUCUGCAGGUCCCGCUAUGCGGAGUUCCAGUUCAAUUGCCAGCCGUCCCUGCAGGCUGCAAGUGGCUGCCGGAGGGACAGCUAUGCUGCCUGUCUCCUGGCGUAUACAGGGAUCAUAGGCAGCCCCAUCACACCCAACUACAUUGACAACUCAACUUCCAGCAUAGCUCCCUGGUGCACGUGCAAUGCCAGCGGCAACCGGCAGGAAGAGUGUGAGAGCUUUUUGCAUCUCUUCACCGACAAUAUCUGUCUCCAAAAUGCCAUUCUGGCCUUUGGCAAUGGGACCUACCUGAAUGCAGCUGUGGCCCCAUCCAUCCCCCCCACCACACAGAUGUACAAGCAGGAGCGAAAUGCCAACAGAGCUGUGGUGACCCUCAGAGAGAACAUCUUCGAGCAUCUCCAGCCCACCAAGGUGGCGGGAGAGGAGAGGCUCCUGCGGGGCUCCACUCGUCUGUCAUCAGGGACCUCCAGCCCAGCAGCUCCCUUCUGCUGGGCAGCCUUUCCUCUGCAGAGGUGGCUUCUCCCCGCUCUUGCUGUGCUGAGCCUCUUUGUGAUGUGA